GUUUAUCUUUAAUUUUUAAUUAUUCAAUCAUAUGAUGACACAUUAUUAUUUAUACACAUAAUUUUAUUGAAUGUGUUUUGGUCUAUCAGUUAUCACUUUUCAGGGCUUAUAAACUCUUAAUAAGUUUGUAGCUAAGAAAUUUUCUUUCCAUGGUAUCAGAUGUCUAAUGCAAUUGAAGGCAUAUGUUUAGACAUGUCUCAGCAAGCAGAGGACAUAUACUUACAACCUUCUUCUUUAGGAGUGAUGGAUCAACUGAGAUUCUUUAAACUACAUAACUCAGUGGAUAAUAUCAAUAAGGUGUAUGUUUCCCACAGGCUUAGGCUUAGUUCUAUUUCCCCUGAGCUACGAUACGUAUGUUGGUAUGGAUGUCCAUCGGAAUCAUUGCAGCCAAAUUUUCUGUCAAAGAACCUUGUUGCACUUGACAUGCCUCAUAGCCAUAUUGAUCAACUUCGGUCAAGUGUUCAGCUUGUUAAUUUGAAACGUAUUGAUCUAAGUUUUUCUAAACGUCUGAGAAGCCAAGAUCUCUCAUUGACUCCAAAUGUUAAAAUUUUGGUUCUGGAAGGUUGUACAAGUUUACAUGAGAUUUCCUCGUCCAUUCACGGUUGCAAAUACGAGCUUCAAAUGUUAAAUCUAAGGCACUGCAGAAGCCUUGAGAGUCUUCCAACAGAUAUUUAUGUAGCAUCUUUCGAAAAAGUUAUCUUUUCUGGAUGUUCGAAACUCAAGCAGUUUCCACAGGCCUCGUGGGACAUGAAAGAGAUAUAUUUAGAUGAAACUGCAAUCGAGGAUUUGCCCUCAUCAAUAGAGAAUUUAUCCAGACUAGUUAUAUUAAAUCUUAAGGACUGCUCAUUGCUUCGGAGGCUCCCAAGCAACAUCUACCAGUUGAAAUCUCUUCAAUAUCUCAAUCUGUCAGGGUGUUUAAAACUUGACGGAUUGCCUGAUAAAUUGGAAAAUUUAGAAGCUUUGAGGGUGCUUAAAGCAGAGCGGGUGGCUACAAGAGAAGUACCAACAUCCAUUCUAAAUUUAAGAUGUCUAGAAGAGUUAGAUCUGACCAACUGUAGUAUUGUGAAGUUGCCGAACAAUCUUGGUCAGUUAUCAUCGCUAAAAAGUUUACUUCUUGGCAGAAACUUCUUUAACAGAAUUCCAGAAAGUAUAGAACACUUGUCUGAAUUAUCUUAUCUUGAUGUAAGCUAUUGCAAGAGGCUUCAAUUCCUGCCAAAGCUUCCAAGCAAAUUGGACAAUAUAAAUGCAAACAAUUGCAUAUCAUUGAUAGAACAAAAUUUUCUGCUAAGAGUUUUUUCUUACAGCAUAAGAUUUAACUUCAGCAAUUGUUUCAAACUGAACCAAAAUUCCUGCAGUGAAAUUACAAGAGUAAUUAUGGGACAAUUUCAAAUCUCAGCGAUUCGUCAAGUUUCAAGGGGAUUGGGACAGGAAAUUUUUCUAGAAACUGAUAGAAGUUAUUUCUGUUUUCGGGGAAGUGAAAUUCCAGCAUGGUUUACUGUGCGUGCUACAGGUUCUUCUGUACGUUAUCCACGGCCAAAUUUUUGCAGUAGUGAAUUGAGUGCUUUUCUUAUCUGUGUUGUGGUGGAGUUUCGAGACUAUAAUAAAGACCAAGGUUUGGAGAUUGGCCUGGACUGGUUGCUCGAGAGAGAAGAUGGUGCAGAAGAAGUUUUCCAUGGAACUUGGAGUGUUUGGGACAAUGGUACUGGACCCGACCAUGUGGAAUCAGAUCACGUAUUCCUGGGAUUUUAUCCUGCUUUCAAGUUCGAUGAUCCACUUUUACCUAGAGAUAAACGAUACUGUGGCAUACGCAUCCGAUUUCUUGUUCAGAAUUCAUUUACUGAAAGACUAGACUACUGCAACGUAAAGGAGUGUGGAUUUAGUGUUUUGGUCAACACAAUAAACCGUGCAAGGUAAAUAAGUUGCCAUUUCUUUUUCCCUUUUACUGUGAUGUCUAUCUUUCCAAGAUUUUAUUUUACUUCGAUUCUCGGAUAUAUGUGCGACAUGUUUAUCUUCCUUCA